UCGAAUGUUAAUCUUCGCCCGGUUCUAAAAUGAUUGGGAUAUUCGGGAGAGUGCAUUUUUAAGUGUGUACGAGUGUGUGUGUGGCCUGUGGUUUUUUGCCCUGACGGUGAUUAGUUCUGUGCUUGUCGAGAGUUACCGGGGGUUGACAGUUUGUGGAAUAAUAGCCCUCUUGGAGGAUCCGUUGUUGUCUUUGGCGCCUUUAAUGGAUUACACUUGCUGCAUGGGGUCGUUUUGACUUGCGGGGAAUUAGCCAGGUUUUAGAAAGGGUCGCCGAUCUUCUUCACAUGACCCACCUCUAACCAUCCGUCACGUCACCCCACCCGCGUCCAUCAUGAAACUCAAAUGAUCUCUUCACCGUCACGGUAUGGCAACGAGGACAUCUCAGCAACGCCGUUGACUUCCACGCCCCCAGUGCAAUUCGGAAGACGUAGAAAUAUGGACGCCAGUGAUACGUACCCCAGUGGCGCUGGCGUCACCCCGUUCAAUGAAACCCGAAUACCAGUACGCCAUCCUCGAGGUGACCCUCGAGAUAGGGACUCUGAUAUGCGUCAUGACGCUCAUACGGGCCUUCCCCCUGGCAGUGAACGUGCUGGAAGAGCUGGCGCUGGCAGCUAUCGCGCGCGCCACCCUAGCGGGUUAGAGGACUGCUUCGCCGACCGCGGCGAAAUCGUUAUCUGUGAUUGUUUACAUUGUGAAAAAGACUGCACCCGUUACUUUAGUCGUAUUGUAGUAUUCACGUUUAGUUUACUCAGAAUUUUUACGUGCCUAUAUAAAAGUCAAUGGUCAAUUGUGAGGAGAGACUCCGGUUGCGGCUACGGCCGCCUGCUGCUCGCGGCGCUGCUGUUCGUGUCCCUCGCCAGUGCGCAGGCCGCCGCCAGCGAGUUCGACAAGUGGGUGCAGGAGAAGGACAUCGCGGCCGUCUUCAACAAAGUGGCUUACGGCAGCACCACCAAGAGGUCCAUCCCGGACAACGCCUACCCGGUCACUACCUUGGCCACGCCGCUGCUCACCACGUACCGUUACUCGGACGGGAACGACGAGUGGCUGAGGGUGGACCUGAAGAAUUCGGACUCGAAUCGGGAGAGCGGACGGGCCAGCGUCGACUUUGAACAGCCCGACUUCCAAGGCGAGAAUACUCGCAGGGAUCUAGACGGCGGUUACGGAGCGGACCUGGAGAAAGACCACGUCCUGCCAACUUCAGCGCCGGCCGCCGACAUCCUGAAGAAUAACAACAACAAGAACUACAACAACCCUAACAGGUACAAUAACGACCGAUUAAGGCCGGAUUUCGCUCCGAACAACCAGGAGCAGGUCACCGAGAACGUGUACAAGACGACCACCACGUACAACAUACUCAGAAACGUCAGACCGACAAAGUCUAUGUACAGCAAGGAACCACCGAGCUACGUACCCCCUAACAGGGCUUUCUUUACUCCGCCUCUACCUCCCGAGUACCAAAACCCCUUCGCCGACAAGCCUACUCUAAGGGGUACAAACUCCGACAGUUUCGUGAAUCGUCGACCUAUACCCCCGCCGAGUUUAAUGCCGAACAGACAAGACAGGAUACCUUUUAGGCCCGACCUGCCCAAAGUCAACGCUGAAAGGGUGCCCGAAAGGCCUAACGCCAACAAUAACAACGAACAGUCGCGACCCGCCAACCCCAGCCAAGCCAACCAAGACAAGAACGAGAAGAAGAAGUCGUUGAACACUCCCUCACAAAACGUGCGAGGGGAGUUCUACGGCUUGAACAGGAACGUGAACGAGAGCAACUUCGAGUACGAAAAAAGUUACGUCCCCUCCAUCACCAGGAUUCUAAGCGGAUCGAACGGUAGACACGACGAUAUACCCGAUAUACUUCUACGGACGGUGACCGCCACACCUAAUGUGCCACGUUACGAGCCUAAGAUACCCAAAACUAGGGUCCCGGCGGCGGAGCCCAGUUCCAAGGUUCAAGACCCGGAAGUAAAAGACCCGGAACCGCCGAAGGUGGAGGAGCCGAAGAACGAAGAAGUCGUCGUUUCCAAAAAAGAGGUGGUCCAAGAUUCCAGACCUCCAGACCGCUCCGAGAGCGUCACAAUUAAAAAGGAGAUUCCCGUACCGGAAAAGAAGAACCACCCGGAGGACGUGACGACGCAGAUGUCGGACAUGGUCAACAUGCCCAACGUCAAAGAGAAGGAGAACAACGUGACCAAAGCCAACUCCGACGAGAUUUGGGUGAUUUGUUGGAAUGUGCACGUGUACCUAGUAGUCUUCGGCUACAUCCUCCUAGCCAUCUUCUCCAUCUACAAACUCAUUCGAUACGAGAACGACCCCCACAUGUUCUCCAAGAGUUACUUCCUCACCAUCCACCUCAUGUUGACCGUCAUCUGCGUCCUUCGCAUCUUCUAUCUCAUGUACGACCCCUACAACGUCUACAACUCGUUCUCCGUCUUCCUCUACGAUUUCCUCCAUAGCUUUCCCUUGAGCCUCCUCGCUACGACUUUCGCCGUACUGAUACUGUUCUUGCUGAAAAGGACUUUGACGCACCUGGAGGUCAAGACUCGUCCGGUUUUUCUGGUGGUGUUCGCUUUGCUGCAUAUCGUCCUGUGCUUGUGCCUGAGCAUCGUCGAGGCUUUUGGACACUUGGAAAAAGCUAGUUUAACUAUAUGUAAACCGGUGUUCGUGUUGCUGGCUUGGGCGUUGGGCUUUAGCUACCUGUACCUCUACAGAAUCAUCAAGAACGUACUGGCGAAGAAGAGUCAGAACCUGUCGGAAAUGUGCACCCAAAAUAUAUCCUACGCUAGUCAUAUAACCAUCGCCGUGGCUUUACUCUUUGUGCUGCUUGGGUUGGUGCAGUUGUACGCUUUGUUCUUCAUUAAAGUUGAUCGAUUUAACACCGAGAUAAAACACCACUGGAUACUGUGGAGUUUCGAAUUGUCCGUUAGGUUCAUAGAGAUUUCCAUCAUAACGCUCUUGGCGAUAGUGGUGAGUUUGAAGAUGUCCCAGAGGGAGAAGCAAUCCGCAGGUGGUUUUCCUUUGUUCCCCUGCACCACUAGCGAUUCCAGCACCGAUAAUAUCUAUCCCAACAACUGCAAUACCAACCCCAACGCGUUGAAUUACAGUAGGCAGGAAAUGAUCAUGGAUAACAUUCCUACGGAGACGGUAGAGAGGCCUAACCUUCUGAAGAACGCCUUCCAAAACGAUUCUUUCGACAAAAAAUCGACCUUGGAGCGCUACCAGAGCGACGGGGAGCGCGGUAGCAACUUCGACAGGUUCGAGAGGCCUAAGUGGGGUUCGGACAGGUUCGACUCGCGUCAGAACAUCGACGGGGCGAGUCUGAAUAAUUUCAUCCAGCCCAACUCCGGUAAUUUCGAACGCGGGGUUCACAACUCGGCUCACAACUCGGCUCACAACUCCAUGAGGAACGAGAGAUCGUCGGCGAGGAAGGGCUUCGACUCCGCCAAGUACUACAGCAAGCCGAAGUACGACGUCGAGUACAACAACGACGAUUACCAACACGACAUGUUCGCUAACCCCACGGAGAGGAACAUCUACAGCGAGCCCGUGGACAACCCCAACGCCCAACACCAAUACGAGCGCACCAGACACGAGUUCGAGCGGUCAGACUUCGACAGGCGUUCGAGGAACAGUUCCAACACCUCCGGUCGCAGGUCCACCGGCCGCGCGAGGAAGAACCACCCCCGGCCCCACCUGGGGGUGCAGACGCUGCCGAACCACGACCGCCACCAGAUUCCCGACUCCAUGCUGGUGGACGAGCAGGGCUUCGUGCGGUUCCGGCACAUGCAGGAGGAGCUGGAGAAGCCCAAGAAGGUCAAACGCCAGACCAGCGACCAGAACCACUAUAGCGACGCGUAACUCUACGUUAGGGCUAGAAAAAAACGCACAGACGGCGAGGUAUUUUUAUAAAAGUGAGUACAGGAUGGAUUGGGGAGCGGGUGGGGCAGUUUCCUAGCUGGAUUUGCGGUGUCGAGCGGGGUCAAAUCUGGACGGUGAACUGGACAUAGAUAUUUAUUUAUUUUUUAUACGCAGGCCUGUACUUAAAAGUUUUAGCUAGUUCCAUCGAUUAUUUACAAAAAAAGAGGAUAUAUCUGUUUUCUGUGUGUUCUUUUCUUGCCGCCCGUUGGGUGAGUGAUGGAUGACGCGACAAAUUAGAUAUUUUGGCCUAAAUUUCGAGGAGCCUUUCGUAGCGUAAGCCAAGCCAAAAUUGAGAUUGUAAACCUAACCAUGACGUUUUAUAUACUGAGAACAAAAAAGACAUUAUAGGCAUUUAUCGAUGUUUUGUUUUAAUAAGUGAUAAAUAUGAAAUACUCUUGCAUUUUUCAAUGUUGAAUAUUGAAAUAUUAAAAGAUUAACACUAAUUGUUAGAGAUAGUGUAUCGUAAAUAUAUUAUGAAAGAAUAUACUUUAAUUAAACAGGUAGUAAAACGUGUAUAUUGCAAAUUUUGUAUAUAUUAAUAUUAAGUGACAACUAUACUUUUAAUUUUUUUAUAUUUUAUACAUUAUUUGUACGAUACAGGGUGUUCGUGUUAUAAAACCUGGCAGCUGCAGCUAGAGCUCUUAACUGUUACAUUAGAGUGAAAGAAAUCGGAGAUUGUUCCCUCUUCAAAGCGAUCCUCUGUGCCCUGUAUGGAAAUUUUAUUUAUAGAAAAAAAAUGACUGAAUUUUCAUAUUUAUUAAUUUCGGCUGAAUGAACAAGAUAAAUUAAUUGACCGUCCUAAAAUUUAACAGAGAGUCGCGGAAAAUUAGUAUUCCGUGAAAACUGAUGUUCCGCGAUUGCGACCUUUUCAGGGUUCGUCGGCUUCACAGUCAAAAAUUCCAUUCUGUUACGUAAAGUGUGAAAUUGGAGCGUUUCCGUAGCGCCGAAUUUUUGAUCGUGGGACGACUAGAUGUUUUUUGUAUAUAUGUACGAAUAUAUUUGCCAACAUUUAAACCACUUGCCAUUUUUUGUAUUACUGGGUUUAUAAGAUAGUGGACUUUAUUUUUGUAUAUUUUUUACAGUAUUAUUAAUGAUUUUACAGUAUUUAUUAUAUUAACGUAUAAGUACGUUUUCUUUUUUUUUUUCAUUUUAAUUUACAACGAAUUUUAUCUUUUUAAAUUAAUUUAUUGUGACGAAGAAGCGAUGAUGUUUUUAAGAAGAUAUACAGGGUGUUUCGCACUCUACGCGAUCGUACAACACGAUCGAAAAACUGAUAUAUGUGAUAGUAAAGCAAAGCACGCUUUGCGUAGAUUCGGAAGACCCUGUAUAUCGACUGAAUCUGUGGAGGAUUGUAAUCUGUUUAUUGCCCCGAGACUUUUUUGUUUUUGACGUACAUUCCUUUGUUUUUGCCGUAUGUUAUGCCACUAGUUAUUUGUUCCUACGCAACGUACUUAUCAAUUAGCUUUUCAAAGUCUUUUUUUUUGCCAGUAUUUUCUCUGAAAGCUCUAUUUGUGUAGUAUAGAAGAAAUGACGUUUCUUUUUUGGAUGUCUCACAAGAAAAUGUUUUUAAUAUAUGAGAGGAUAUGGCGAUUUUUAAAAACGUUCUUAAUUGUAUAUAGGCAGUUUCAAUUUUUUAAAAGUCGCGAUAUCGACCGAAAAUUAAAAUUGUAUUAUAUAAUUGUAAAA